AUUUCUAUUCUCGCGGAUCUCUCCUUUUCCCACCGAGAUAAUUCCGAUAUCGCUCUAAGCUGUUCUGUCCGAGUUACCGCUGGAAACGCUCACUGUUUCUGAGGAAAGAAGAGGUGUCAGUGCGCUUGAUUCUAUACUGCUCCAUGGAUGCUAGAUCCUGAAGCUUCCAAGUUAUCGUAGACACCAUGAACUCUGCUGGAUUGAUCUACCAGCUUGCGCCCUAUGAUGAAUACCUUGGGGCAUGGCACUUUUAGUUAUGUGUUCAAGGCGACUGAACGAGGAUCCGGAAAAACGGUGGCUCUCAAGACUUCCCGUGUCUCGAUGAGAGUGAAGCGGCCAAUUCUUCGGCACGAGUCUCGUAUACUCCAACUUUUGAAAGGGCAAGCAGCUAUUCCCUUGGUAUAUGCUUACGGCCAACUGGAGCAUUUCGAGCACAUGACUACGGAGAUUCUGGGGCCGAACGUUGCGGAGCAGCAGAAGAAGAAUGGUCCCGGGACUGGCAUAAUGUUGACGACCGUCAUCCGAAUCGUGGAUCAAGUGCUGGCGGGACUGGAGCAUAUACACUCGCUCGAAAUUGUGCAUCGAGACAUCAAGCCCGAGAAUCUCCUUUGCGCAUUUGAUGAUUCGACAAUCAAAAUCAUCGACUUUGGAAUCUCCAAGCCGUUUUCCCAUGGUCCGCCCAGCAAGUACAAUCCAUUAAAGGACCGCCGAGUCAUAGUCGGGUCUCUUUACUGGGCAAGCCUGAAUUCUCACAAAGGAAUAGAUCUUUCUCCGCGGGAUGACAUUGAAUCCUUAGCUUACAUAGCCCUCUUCCUUCUUCGCGGACACCUACCUUGGAAACCUCGUCCACGCGAGGAGUCUCAGCUGCGCUCACAAGAGAUCGUCCGACUCAUGAAAUUGAGUUGUUCAGGCAAAGAUUUGUCUGAAGGCUUUCCCAUUGAAUUCGGAGACCUGCUCGACGACAGUCGUUCCCUCGAUUUUAAUCAGCUACCCGACUACGGCAGGUUCAGGCGCUUGUUUGGGGGGAGUAGUAAUGGACCACUCGAUUGGACACCUUGCGUCCCGGCACAAAUCAAUACUCGCGUUUUAGAUGAGCCUGAGCUCGAGAUCCUUGGCGAAGACGACGACCACUACGAUGACUCCAGUAGUGACGACCGUGGUGAGGACAGUUACUUUGGAAUGGACAUUGACAUGUGGGACUCACGUCAGGGAGAGCGAGAUAAGAACUUGGCGUUGCCCGCAGAGCAGGAGGCAGACCUCGAUAGUUGUAUCCCCUUGAUCGCAGAAGUAUUAGAGUAAACUGGUUGGUCUGGAGUCGUUGGUCUUUUCAUCGUUGAGCCUGAGCUUCUUUCCACCUGACAAGCUGUGGUUUCGGUAAUGAAAUUGAACAGACCGGGUAAUUUUAUAUUGCAGCCUGAACGUCGACAGUUCAAGACUUAGCUCUGGUUUCAGGGAUACGAACGAUGUGGAAUCGACGCUAACCAA